CCUUGCAACAUUUAUUCUAAGGCGGAAUGUCCCUUGCAGAGGCCGCAGAGGCACGCAAGGCGCGGCUGCACGCACUUAGAAAAAGAAAACUUGGAGAGAAUGGACAGGAGGCAGUGAAUGGGGAGGAGCCGCCACUGAAGCAACGAGCAUUCGACCCUGAGACUCGGGCAUUACGAAGACAUGGGGAUGUAGACGAGGAGGAUACGGUGGAGAAAAAUGUAGACGGUCUGGCGCAGUUGAUCAUCCAGGAAGACGAGGAGAAGCGAGCCGAAGACUUGGACCUGUUCAACAUUGCGCCAAAACGUCCAAACUGGGAUCUCAAACGGGAACUAGAGAAGAAACUAGCAAAGCUAGAGAGGAAAACCCAGGAAGCGAUUCACACCCUCAUCCGACAAAGAUUACAAUCUCAAAAAGGAGGCACAGCGGACUUGUCUUUGUCCAUGGCUGCUGAGAAUGGAACGACUGCUCAGGAUAACUCGGACGAAGAGGAGUGAUCUGCCCGGUCGAGUGUAUUUCCAUGGAUGUGUACCAAUAUUGGCAGACAGAUCACAUCUAUGCCAGGAGAACGUCAAUAACCGGCAGCUCUGCAGCCGCAUUUCAGAUGCCCCAGUGCAUUUCUCAGCUCCUGGUAGUGAUUUCUCAAGUCUUGGCUCCCUUUAUCACCACGCUCAGUUCUUGAGGAACAGUUCACGCCCGACGUUGCUCCCAAGCUGUAGUAGAUAUUAUGGUGGGGCACUGUAUAGAUAUGGGUCGCGAAGUUUUACAAUAAAGCUUGCAAUUGCAGUUUCGGUUCCC